GGAAAAAGCAGCAGUGUUCAACAGAAGCCGUCUGAAAAGUGCACUUCGGGAUAUCGGCUCACAUUUGAGAACAGCGAUAGAGAGAAAAGCCACUUUCUUCGGUAUGGAUGAUUUAGACGAGACUACACUGUCGGUGCUACGGGCUGCAAAUAUUGAUGAGGAGGUUCUGAAAACCCUAAGUCGGGAAGAUUUGAAAGACCUCUUUCCUGGACCAGAGAAUUUUCUGAAGAGGAAGAAAUUAUGGGACAUGAUUGGUCCAAAGGAUGGUGAUCCUGAUCAAAACCGAGGAAGUGGGAAUGUGUCAGCUACCUGUGCAGUGUUGACAAGCCAGCCUCAGACCUCUACCCCUGUUCAUGAAAUCACAGCCAAAACGGUGAAACUGCCAGACCCACCAGAGUAUGUAGUGUACACUGACUCAGAGUUGGACAUGGUGCGCAGCCAGUAUUUUGAUUUGCUCCGCAAUGGAAAGGAAAAAGUUUGCAAGAUGUCAAAGGAGCUAAGUUGUAGGCUCAUCAGAAACACAAUCACCAGCAUGGUUGCCAUCCUGCGUGCUAGUCCUCUGGGAAAAGAGGAAAGAUACCCCUCAAAACUUGAGCUGAGAGCAAUGUCACAGAAGAUCGUUGACUAUUACCCUAUGCUACGUGACACUUCAGAUCUGCCAUAUCUGACGAUUUACUCUAAAAUGUAUAAACGACUGCAAAAUAUGAAGUCUCCAAGAAAGAGGCAGGGCCCAAAGCCACAAAGAGGGUCUGCAAAGAGAUCACUCUUUGAAACAAGUACAGAAGAAGAAGGUACUGCAAGUUCUUCAGCUUCAACUGCUUCAACUGUCAUUCUUCCAGAGAGCGAUGUCAGCAAUGAUGACUUAAGUCCAGAACAUCAGGACAGUCUGAAAAUGCAGGCAAGGCACUACAAAACACUCUUCAAUAUGUACAGCAAACCCAACUCAAAACCCAACCCAAGUGAUGUUGCUCAAAUUUUGGACCUUGAGUUUGAUGGAAGGCGGGCCUUCAUUGACUCAAGUGUGUUGAAGGAGGAAGACAGGAUUGCGAAGAUAUUUGAAGCAUAUCCAUGUUUCAAAGACCCUCAAAAUGCAAUGGAUGAGCUGCGUCGCAUCUUGGGUGGCACCAACCCCAAAUACAUUGAUGAAACAAAGAAAAGAUGGGAAAACUUCUGUGCCAAUGUCCAGUUCUAUGGUGUGUGGAAGAAAGUCCUGAAACCCCCUAUACCCUUGAAUAUGCAUGAUGCGGAUUUCACCAUUGCCAUUUUGACUGGUCUCCCAUCACUAUUUCCCUCACCAACUUCGCCACCAAAACGGCUCGGGAAUCCCAGUGAAGCACUAUUGCAUGUCCUUCAGGCAAGGGAGGAUCCAUCGCUUUACUUGGAGAAGCGUCCUCUCACCAGUCCAGUGUUACUGUUUGAUGGAAAGGUCUGCAUCCUUGCCAUGGGAAACGUACCUGUAAGCACCAUACCAAAGGAGGAGUUCUUUGAUGGGAUGUUGAUGUUAAUGGCAUACUACUACACGAUGCACCUGAUGUACCCAAAAUGUGUUGCAACCCUCCUCUCGGUCAUUCAAACUGAGGUACUGUGUGAUGCGAUCCAUGAUCGAGAUGCUACAGGUGCAUAUAAGAGGGCAAUGGUGGAGUGGAAAUCAUUUAUUGAGAAGUAGUUGCACAUGGCCUGUUUUUUUUUUUGUUUACUAGUGGGGAAACUCAUGUUCAAAUGCAGUUGUUCACUGUCUAUUUAAACCCCCCUCCUCUCCCAUGUCUCUCUCUGUCAAUCUUUUUCUUUCCCUCUUCUCUCUUUCUCACACAUUCUUUCUCUCUACUCUCUCACACUCACUCCUCCCUCACCUACCCACAAACAAGUGGUUUAAUAAUCAAGCAUUCACAAAGUGGAAAUCCUUUACUAAGAUGUAGUUGCAUAACUUGGUCUAUCUUGCUGUUUGCUCAGUAUACUGAGAUGUAUCUUCAUUCCAUGUUCUUGGGAAGUUGACUGUACUAGUGGUAAGGUGAUGUUGUGCAGUUGUUCACUGUCAAUUGCUGCAAAGUACUGUGUACUUCAAUUGUUUAGUGUGUAUUAAACAAGUGUUUGAUAGUUUUACAGUACUGUCAAUAAAUGUUGACAGAAUUUU